AUGACUGUCACGAAGGUAGGGUAUAGAGUCGAUUGCUUUGGACGAUAUCGCUACCGUACCCUUGCUUGGCUAGCACUGUCCCUCCCUACGUACCUACUAAUCUUUCCCUCGAAACCUACACCAGACUUGGAAAAGAUUCGCCGCGCACGCCUCUCGGAAGGACGCAAGGAGGAUCAGAGGCUUGAAUUGGGCGAGGAUGACACUGCAGCCAGCCUGCAGACGCACAAUCGCGAGCACCAGAGGAACUGUGCUCCGUUGUUUUCCGCAGUUGCGAGCUACCCCGCCGUCGCUCUCGUCGCGUCGAGUGCUGAGUCUCCGAGCAGCUAUCGUGUCAGCACAGGCAGGUGGUCUGCUUGCACAGCACCGUCACUCGUAAGACAAGCAUCUGCCACAGCCACGAGUGCGACAUCGACAACUCCCCUCUCCCGGCCCUUCUCGACAUCCACGGCGGCCAUGGCGGCUCAGAAGAUCGAUGGCACGGCCAUUGCAAAGGGCAUUCGCGAGAAGCUGAGUGCCAAGAUCAAGGAAAGACAGGCGCAGAAUCCAAGGUAUAGGCCGAGUCUGAAGAUUGUCCAAGUUGGCGACCGCUCCGACUCCAGCACCUAUGUGCGCAUGAAGCUCAAGGCUGCCAGUGAGGCAAACAUCGACUGCGAACUUGUGCACCUGCCCGAAGACCUGAGCGAGUCUGACCUGCUGCACAAGAUCCAUGACUUCAACAACGACCCCUCUGUCCAUGGUAUCCUCGUGCAGCUGCCGCUGCCCAAACACAUCUCCGAGCACACCAUCACCUCUGCCGUCGCCGACGAGAAGGACGUCGAUGGCUUUGGCAUCCAGAGCAUCGGUGAGCUGGCAAAGAGAGGUGGGAAGCCGCUCUUCACACCCUGCACACCCAAGGGCGUCAUGGUGCUGUUGCAGGAAGCGGGUGUGAACAUCUCGGGCAAAAACGCAGUCGUGCUGGGACGCAGUGACAUUGUGGGAAGUCCCGUGAGCUACUUGCUGAAGAAUGCGGAUGCUACUGUUACCGUGUGUCACUCGCGCACGGCAAAUCUGCCAGAAGUUGUCAGACAGGCCGAUAUCGUGGUUGCAGCGAUCGGCAAGGCACAGUUUGUCAAGGGCGAUUGGUUGAAGCCUGGAGCCGUGGUCAUCGAUGUGGGAACCAACUUCAUCCCUGAUGAUACGAAGAAGAGUGGGCAGAGGCUGGUUGGCGAUGUCGACUACGAGUCUGCUGCUGAGGUGGCGUCGCAUAUCACACCUGUACCUGGCGGUGUAGGGCCCAUGACGAUUGCCAUGUUGUUGCAGAAUUUGGUAGACUCGGCAGAUGCAGCCUUUGAUCGUCAGAAGAAGCGAAAGAUCUCGCCUCUGCAGAUUAAGCUUGAGGAUCCUAUUCCAGCCGAUCAUGAGAUUUCAAGGAAGCAGCAUCCCAAGCAGAUCACGGCGGUUGCGAGCGAGAUUGGCAUUCUGCCUCAUGAGUUGGAGCCAUAUGGCGCGACAAAGGCAAAGGUCGACCUAUCCCUGCUGAAGCGUCUCGAGCACCGCCGCAAUGGACGAUAUGUUCUUAUUGCUGGCAUCACACCCACACCACUCGGCGAGGGCAAGUCGACAACAACAAUCGGUGUUGCACAGGCUCUGGGCGCUCAUCUCGGACGGAUAUGCUUCGCCAACGUUCGUCAACCCAGCAUGGGACCGACCUUUGGCAUCAAGGGUGGUGCUGCUGGCGGAGGCUACAGUCAAGUGAUUCCCAUGGACCAGUUCAACCUCCAUCUAACAGGCGACAUCCACGCCAUCACCGCCGCGAACAACUUGCUUGCCGCUGCCAUUGAAACCCGCAUGUUCCACGAAAACACCCAAAAAGACGCUGCACUCUACAAGCGACUGGUCCCCACCAAAAAGGGAAAACGCGAGUUUGUCCCAGUCAUGUUCCGUCGCCUCAAGAAGCUUGGAAUCGACAAGACCAACCCUGACGACCUGACUCCCGAAGAGAUCACCAAGUUCGCCCGCCUCGACAUUGACCCUGAAACUAUUACCUGGCGUCGUGUACUUGACGUCAACGACAGACAUCUCCGCAGUAUCACGAUCGGUCAGGCACCUACAGAGAAGGGCCACACCCGCGAGACUGGCUUCGACAUUUCCGUCGCCAGUGAAUGCAUGGCUAUUCUUGCUCUUUCCAACGACCUUGCUGACCUGCGCGAACGUCUCGGUCGCAUGGUUGUCGCCAGCUCGCGUGCAGGCGACCCCGUAACCUGCGACGACAUUGGUGCUGGUGGUGCACUCACUGCCCUGCUCGUCGACGCCAUCAAGCCCAACAUGAUGCAAACGCUCGAAGGCACACCCGUCUUUGUGCAUGCUGGCCCCUUUGCCAACAUCUCUAUUGGCGCAUCUUCCGUUCUCGCUGACCGCUUGGCACUCAAACUCGCUGGCACAGAACCAGAUGAGAACCACGACGAGAAGACUGGCUUUGUAGUCACAGAAGCAGGCUUCGACUUCACAAUGGGUGGCGAACGCUUCUUUAACAUCAAGUGCCGUGCCUCUGGCCUGGUCCCAGACACCGUUGUCAUCGUCGCGACAGUCCGUGCGCUCAAGAACCAUGGUGGCGGUCCUGACAUCAGCCCCGGUGCACAGUUGCCUGAAGUCUAUCGAACUGAAAAUGUUGACAUCCUCCGAGCCGGCUGCGUGAACCUGAAGAAACACAUUCAGAAUGCCAAGGCAUACGGUGUCCCCGUUGUGGUAGCCAUCAACCGCUUCGCAACUGACACCCAAGCUGAGAUCGACGUCAUUCGUGAAGAAGCCAUUGCCGCGGGCGCCGAGGACGCCAUUCCGGCAAACCACUUCGCAGAAGGCGGAAAGGGAGCCAUUGAUCUCGCCCAAGCCAUCGUCACGGCAUCCGCCAAACCCAAGGACUUCAAACUCCUCUACGACCCCAGCACAGACACGGUCCAGGAGCGCAUGGAAACCAUUGCCAAGAAAAUGUACGGCGCCUCUGCCGUGGAAUUCAGCGAACUCGCACAGAAGAAGGUGGACACGUACGUCAAGCAGGGCUUGGGCAACCUGCCCAUUUGCGUCGCAAAGACACAGUAUUCGCUCUCGCACGACCCCAGCCUCAAGGGCGCGCCCACCGGCUUCACCGUCCCCAUUCGCGACGUCCGAAUGGCGGCUGGCGCCGGCUAUCUCUAUGCCCUGGCUGCGGAUAUUCAAACCAUUCCCGGUCUGCCCACUGCGCCUGGCUACUUGAAUAUCGAGGUUAAUACCGAGACGGGCGAGAUUGACGGCAUGUUUUAG